CCUGUCAUGGCGGCGCACCGAGGCGGGAGCAACGGCCGAGGCUGGUUCUGGGCUUUGGCCGUUGGGGUCACGCUGCUCAAAUUGCUCCUCAUACCGACCUAUCAUUCCACAGAUUUUGAGGUGCACAGGAACUGGCUGGCCGUCACCCAUAGCUUACCAGUCUCCCAGUGGUAUUACGAAGCAACUUCUGAGUGGACCUUGGACUACCCUCCUUUCUUCGCUUGGUUUGAGUAUGCACUUUCCCACAUUGCCAAAUACUUUGACCGAGAGAUGCUCGUGAUCCAAAACCUCAACUAUUCCAGCCAGGCAACUGUUCUCUUCCAGAGGCUUUCAGUCAUCUUUACAGACGUGCUUUUUAUCUAUGCGGCUCACGAAUGCUGUAAGUGUGUAAAUGGAAAGCGAGCCGGGAAAGAGACCCUGGAGAGCCCUCCCUUUGUUCUCGCUGUUCUCCUGCUGUGGAACUUCGGUCUCUUGGUUGUGGAUCAUAUUCACUUCCAGUACAACGGCUUCCUAUUUGGAUUAAUGCUCCUUUCCAUCGCACGACUUUUCCAGGUAAGACAAAGAGAUAAAUAA